AUGCUAGGACCCGGGGAGACCAAGAGGAACGAGACAGAACACUCGCUCCAGAGGGGCUCGCUGUCUGAAGCGACCUCCUCUGACAGGGCAUCCAUCCUGACCAUCCUCCAGGUGCUCGGAGACCUGCUCUCUGUGGGCACAGACAGGAGGAUUCGCUACAUGAUCAGCAAGGGAGGCAGCGAAGCCCUUCUGCAGACCCUGGUGAACACAGCGAGGACAGCAUCACCUGACUAUGAUGUCCUCCUGCCCCUCUUCCGGCUGCUGACCAAAGUCGGCCUGCGAGAUAAAAAGUUUGGACAGAAGGCACUGGAAUUGGAAGCAUUGGAUGUGACGUUGAUUCUGGCCCGGAAAAACCUGUCCCAUAGCCAGAACCUCCUCCACUGUCUCUGGGCUCUGCGUGUGUUUGCCUCUAGUGUCACCACGGGAGCCAUGCUGGGAAUCAACGGAGCAAUGGAGCUGCUUUUCAAGGUCAUCACUCCUUACACCAGGAAGCGUACCCGAAUAAUCAGGGCAGCCACUGAAGUUCUGGCAGCAUUGCUGAAAUCCAAGUCUAACAGCCGCCGGGCGGUGAACAGAGGCUAUGUCGCCAGCUUGCUCAGGCUGCAUCAGGACUGGCACAGCCACGACGCAGCCAACAGCUAUGUGCCGAUCCGCCGGGCGCUGCUGCUCAGCCUCAGGCACAUCGCCACCCUCCGGUCUGGCAGGGAGGCCUUCCUGGCGGCUCAGGGCCUGGAGAUCCUCUUCAGCACCACACAGAGCUGCCUGGACGACCAGAGCUCGGAACCCGUGACGGGCGUCGCGCUUCAGGUCCUGAGGCAGUGCUCCCCGAAGAGCCCCCUUCCGUUGGCCGCGGCCAGCAGUGCCUACGCCUUCCCGGCCGCCGGGAACUCUCCCGCUGGUCCUCCGCGUGUUCUCGCUGAAGAGGAUUUUGAAGACGAUGGUGAUGAAGAAGAGGAUAAAGACUCAGAUUCUGAAGAUGCGAAAGAGGAAGAUGAUGACUUGGAGACAGAUGUGAACAAGCUGAGUUCCAAACCUGGGCUCGACCGCCCCGAAGAGGAGCUGACCCAGUAUGAGGCCAUGUGUCUUGAGCUCUCCUGCCGCUUUGAGGAACUGGAGCCCAAACCUGGAGACAAUCCGAACCCUGAGGAGACGGAGUACACCAACCACCACCACAUUCCGGCCCCUGCCUCCCCGCAGCAGUGCCGCUUGACUAAGGACCAAAGCUCCCGGGGGCGGGAAAGAGAAGACUCGGGCCAGACUUCCCUCCUGAGCACAGUGAUGUGGCGGCGGCCCACCGUGCUUCUAGCCUCCAAAACAGGGCCUGGAAGGGGCCUGUACCCAAAUGCCCAAUCCAGUGGGCUAGGGACGGAUUCUUCUGGAAAUGAAAUUGCGGACAUUCGGGCCUUCCUCAAAGAGGAUACUUGGGACAUAGACAUGAUUUCCUGCCCUAGGAUAAGUGCCGCCUGUUCCAACGCCACCGGGUCCACAGAAACUGUUGAAGCAAUAGAUAAGCUUCUGCAGACACAUCCCCAGCACAUCCCCUUCCACGACCCCUACGGUUAUGUGGCCAAAGCCCAAAGAACCAGGUCCGUGGCUGACUUCAAGAUGGUGGCAUUUCCUGACCUCUGGGGGCACCGUCCUCCGCCCUCUCUGGAGCCCAUGUUGGAGCGCAAACGUGGAAUCCAAAGGAUCAAGAUAUUUGAGGAUAUCCGGCGGUCGAUCCAGACCAGUGAUGUUAUAAAUAAAGUUGUCUUCAGUUUAGACGAGCCUUGGCAAGACACGGCUUCCAAUUGUUUGUGGUUCUCCUCCGAGUUUGAGUCAGGAAAUCUUCGCAAAGCCAUCCAAGUGCGUGAGUUUGAGUAUGACUUGUUGGUCAAUACUGAUGUGAACAGCACCCAGUACCAGCAGUGGUUCAACUUCAAGGUGAGCGGUAUGAGGGCCGCCAUCCCUUACCGCUUCAACAUCAUCAACUGUGAGAAGCCCAACAGCCAGUUUAAUUAUGGGAUGCAGCCAACCAUGUAUUCUGUGAAGGAGGCUCUUCUCGGCAGACCCACCUGGAUACGGACGGGCUAUGAAAUCUGCUAUUACAGGAAUCAUUACCGCGAGAGUGCAGCUGUCACAGCGGGAGCGUCUAGGAAGUGUUAUUACACCCUCACCUUCGCCGUCACCUUCCCGCACAGUGGGGACGUCUGCUACCUGGCCUACCACUAUCCCUACACCUACACCGCCCUCAUGACUCACCUUGAUAUCCUGGAAAAAAGUGUCAACCCCAGAAAGAUUUACUUCCGGCAGGAAGUCCUGUGCCAGACGCUCGGAGGGAAUCCGUGUCCGUUGGUGACCAUCACAGCCAUGCCCGAGUCCGCCGGCGCUGACCACCUAGAGCAGUUCCGGCAGCGUCCAUACCAGGUGAUCACCGCCCGCGUUCACCCAGGAGAAAGCAAUUCCAGUUGGGUGAUGAAGGGGGCCUUGGAGUUCCUGGUCAGCAGUGACCCUGUGGCCAGGCUCUUGAGGGAAAACUUCAUUUUCAAGAUCAUCCCCAUGCUCAACCCAGAUGGUGUCAUCAAUGGCAACCACAGAUGCUCGCUGCGAGGGGAGGAUCUGAACAGACAGUGGCUCGCUCCCAGCGCUCAGCUCCAGCCCACCAUUUACCACGCCAAAGGCCUGCUCUACUACUUGAACAGCAUCGGCCGCCGUCCUGUGGUCUUCUGUGACUUCCAUGGCCACUCCCAAAAGAAGAAUGUGUUUGUCUACGGCUGCAGCAUCAAGGAGACCCUGUGGCAGGCAGAGGCCGCUGUGGGCGCAUCUGCUGUCUCGGAGGAUGUCAGCUACAGGACUCUUCCCAAAAUCCUCGAUAAGCUGGCACCAGCCUUCACAAUGAGCAGCUGCAGCUUCGUCGUGGAAAAAUCUCGCGCCUCCACCGCCCGAGUAGUGGUGUGGAGGGAGAUGGGGGUGUCCCGAAGCUACACCAUGGAAAGCAGCUACUGUGGCUGCAACCAGGGCCCCUACAAGGGCCUCCAGUUUGGUACCCGGGAGCUGGAGGAGAUG